UGAAAAUGGAUGCUGGAUGAACAAUAUGCUUAACCAAAUAAUGCUAAUUUUAUCGUAAUUCCAGAAUAUUAUAUUAACUUUUAAGCUCCCUCCCACUGAAUCAAUCAUGAAUACUAAUAUCGAUUAUGACGAAUACUUAGAUGAUGACAUUAUUUUCUAUUCUGUCUUGUAUUCAAGUGUAACUGUUCUCUUUGCCAUGGCAGUCCUGUCAAAAUUUUUGACAAAUGAAUUUCGAUUUGGAUUUAGAUCUGUUUUAAGUUUAGCUGUGCUGUUUUUAGGGGAACCCUUAUGCCAGUUCUUCAUUAAAGGACCUAGCGGUGUGUUUGCAUUUGCAAUGUGUUGUCUGGUUAUCUACUCUAUCUUGCCUGCCAGUCAUCUUCCAGUUGGGAACAAAGCCGUACUUGUUACAGGAUGUGACAGUGGUUUCGGUAACAGUUUAGUAAAGAAAUUAGACAGUAUUGGGAUGAGGGUGUUUGCCACAUGCUUGAGUUUAAACAGUCCUGGUGCUGUGUCCCUACAGUUAGCUUGUUCAGGAAGGGUUCAUUUAUUACAACUUGAUGUUACAUCACAGAAAGAUAUAGAAACAACAGUAGAAUAUGUCAAACAGCAUACAGGAGAAGAAGGUUUAUGGGGACUGGUCAAUAAUGCUGGUGUUUGGUAUUAUUCUGAAUUAGAAACCACAUCUGAAACGAUAUUCCGUAAAGUUUUAGAAAUAAAUUUAUUUGGUGCUAUCAGACUCACAAAAGCCUUGCUGCCACUUAUACGCAAAUCAAAAGGACGAAUUGUUAAUGUUUCCAGUUUAAUGGGAAGGUUAACAAUGGAAGGCAAUGGGGCAUACAGUAUGUCAAAACAUGCAUUGCUGGCUUUCUCAGAUACACUUAGACAAGAAAUGAAGAAGUGGGGAGUCCAUGUUUCAAUAAUAGAGCCAACAGGAUUUUAUACAGAAAAUAUGAAAGAGCAUGUGAUAAAUAGUAGAAAAUCAGAAUUAUGGGAUACGAUGGACGAAGAGACAAAAGUUACAUAUGGACAGAAAUAUUUUGACAGUAUAUACGAGAGUAUCGUUGAAGGUUCUAAUCGCUACCCAGAUGAUCUGACCUGUGUAAUAAGAGCCAUGAGAAGUGGUUUGUUGUCCAAGCGGCCAAGAAAUCGCUAUCCCUGUGGAACAGGAGCAGACUUCAUCAUGAUGCUUUAUCCAUUAUUGCCAGUGUGGGUUGCAGAUAAAUUAAUUUCGCUUAUUAGUAUAAUGCCGAAAGAUGUUAGACCUGCAGGUCUGGAUUAAAGCCAUGCUAUAUUUUAUUAUUAUUGUUAUAAUUUUGGUAUACUAAAGCUCAGGUGGAUUUUUUCAUUUCUACCUGUCCAUUGUUUUGGGGGGGGGGGGGUUACCAACCAGGUAUACACCGUCUGAAUCUGUGCAUGCCCACCAUGGACAGGAAAUUUCAAAAUCCACCCAAGCUAUAGUGUAUGUACAAUGUAUGUGUGUCAUAAAGUGUAAAAUUGUUAUAUUUAAGUGAAAAGUUGUUGUUGAAGAAUUUUUGAAAAUAAGAUGAAAUUUUAUUUCUAAAACUGAAUAUGUUUGAGUUGAUUUUUUAAUCAACAAUUUAGCUGCAGACGACAGCAUUAAAUCACCCAUGACUGUCAAUAUAUUGUAAAAAAUGCUUGAAAUUGUUUUUUAAAAAUUACUAUAUUUUGUGACAACAUGAAGCAUGAAUUAAAAAAUUUGAUUAAUUCUGAUUGGUUGAAUGAAGUCUGAUAGUACAUUAAAAGUCCAACCAAAAACCAUUUAAAACCAAAUCGUAAAUCAUAGUAAAAAUUCUGUAAGAGAAAUUGAGAAAAAAAUUUCAUGAUUCAUUAAACUGCUGUUAAUCAUUUUUCCAUUAUUAAUUUAUGAAAUUAGAUGUUUUUAAGAUAUUAAAUACACAAUCUAAGUUAUGAUGAAUAAUCAUGAACUUAUAAUAUAGGAUGAAAUGUUAUUGUAUUUGAUAUUCAGCAGUCGAUCUGCAUAACAUGUGUUCAUUAGAUAGUAAAUUUAAUAUUUAAAAUUCCUACAAUAUUUGUUAGUACAUUUAUCAAAUACUUAAUGAUAUCAUGUAUUUGAUUUUGAAAUUAUAAAUAAUAAUGAUUUUUUUUAUGAAGCGCAUAAACUGAAUGAUUCAGGAAGCUCAAGACAUAAUCAUAAUAUUUUUUUGUGAAUCUUUUUAUUCAGAAUCUUGACAGCACUGCUUAAUCAUCAUAGUAAUUUACAUAUUGAUAUUGCUUAAAAAGUAUAUCCAAUAAAUCUAGAUGAAAGUUAAAAAAUGAUAUUUUAGCAAGCUUAAUGUUUACAUUUUUUUAUAUGAUUUGUUAAUUGUUUUUUCCAUAAGAAUAAGCAUAAAUUGAACAUUGAAACUUAGUUGUAAUAGAAUAUGGUAUAGUUUCAAUCACAUUUUUUUCUUUUCUUUUUUCUUCAAUUACAUAACAAUUUUCUGUGGUCCCCGUUUGAACUGUUUUCAUCAUAUUUUCCACAUGUAUUUUUGCAAAUGCUUUACAUGUAUAUGGCUUUAUGUACCGUAAUUAAUUCCAAAUCUACAUGUAAUACGGCUAUCUUAGUAUCAUUUUAAUCAUAAUAUUGACUGAAAUAUACCACAAAUAAACUUAUGUAGUCUUUUAAAGAUGUUGACAAAUGCAAGGUAUAAGAUUUUAACUAUUAUUGUGCAAUUUCGCCAGAAGUGUUCAAAUUUUCCAAACAAUUAAAUUUCACAUUGCAAGUACUAGACGUAAAUAUAUCGUCAGUAUAUACACAACUUUUAGUUUGACAUUGGUGAAUCUUUUUGAAAUCAAAUUACUGUCUGUUACAGAGUUAUAAGGAAUAAUAUACAGUUUUGGGCUUAUUUAGCCAUGCAAAUUUACCAAAAAUUAAACAUUGUAUCAUACUAUUUUACCAGUGAUAUUCACACUUUUCAUGCAGGAGAAGGAAGGCAUUCAGGACUUGUAUUUAAGAAGAGAGUAUUUUAAAACAAGUGGCAUUAUACAAAUAACUCAUUGUCUGCAUUAACCCAUCAUAUACUAAAUAUGUUUAAAAGCGUAAAAAAAAAAAUAACCCUCCAAAAGAGUAAAAAAAAAAAUAAAUAUGGGAUGUUUUUUUAACUGUUUUCCGUAAAAUUUUCAGCAACUAUAUGCUAGUGUGAUCUGUAUGUUAUGAAAUUUUGAAGUGUUGAUAAUAUUCAGAUUUAGUAAUUUGUUCUGAAAAAUAAAUUAAAACUACUUAGUCUUUCAUUAUUUUUAGACACUAAAACUUUCAGAAUGAUAAUAUUGGUUUUCAUUUUCAAUUAGCUAUUUAGAAAUAAUUGUGUACAUAUGCAGAUGUAUUACUAUUUAAAUGACAAGUAAUUUAUUAAAAAAUGUGCAUGUGAUAGAUACAAAUUUAUGAACAAAGAAUUUUGAUCAAAUUUGGACAUUGUAUGAUUUAAUUAUGUUUUUCCAUGUUUAAAACUGUAUGGUGACCUGCUGUUUGGUAACCUCUAGAAGGCUGUAUGGUGACAUCUAGAUGUCUCCUAUCAAUUUGUUCUGUUGAGCUAUUGUCUCAUUCAUGCUGCAGCAUUUUUGUUAUGCCCUGCCUAACACACACUGUAGUUGCAAAGCAUAAUGCUUCCUGGUCUUAUGUGCGUCCAUCUUAGUUUGUUCAUAAGUUUGUUUGUUCGUCCUUUUACAGAUUAGUUCUUUUGUUUAUGGUAGUUUACACACACUGAUGUUGUAGUCACAUCAACUCUUUAACAUAGGAAACAAGAUCAUUUUUGUGAUGUGGACUUUUUAAAAGAGAUGCUGAAUUACAGUUUUGACCUAUAUUUCGCAUGAUUGGUUCACCAAAUAUGGACAUGCAUGUGAUAAUGUGAGCAGGACAUGGUUUAUUGUGUAAAUAGUGCUGCUUUAAAAGGAUAAAAUGUGAUUAUUUGUUGCAUGAGAUUAGAUUUGUUUGAAAUCUUGCUCUCCACUUGAAUUUGAAUGAGAUUUUUUCAUCUUUCAGAUUUUGUUAAAUGUUAUGAAUUAUUGUUGAAAUGUUUAAAAGAGCUUUUUAGUACUAAUUCAUUUAUGGGAAAAUGCUUAUGCUUUUAUAUUUAUGAUACAAUUAUACUUAUUUUGAUGUUUAAAACUUGAGAAAGGUGCUUGACUAAAUAUGUUAAGAAUCUUUAGUCACUCUUAAGGCCAUGGUUUUACACCAAAAAUGAGGCAUAUUAUUUGACACACUUUUUUUAAAGACUAACUUACAAUGCAAUUUUAUUUUAAUCAAUGCAAACUACACUUUUUUGUGUCAUAUUUGUUAAUAAGUGAUCUAAGGUUAAUUUACAUUGUGUUUUUUAUUUGUUUAUGAGGGUCUGGAUGGGGGUCCUUCAUUUCUUUAUUCUUUCAUUUUUUGGAUCAUUUUUCUCUAUUCUUCAUCUUUUUUUGGCAUGAUUCUGUUUUCUUUAUAUUUUAAUGCCUUAAUAUUCUCUAGUCUUUAUCUGUUUGGCUUAUUUUUCUCUAUUAUUUAUUGUUUUUGCCUUUUAUUCUACAUCUUUUUUACCAUUAUUUUCUAUUCUGUAAACCCCAACCAGACCCUCUUUUUUAUCUGUGUACUAAUUAAGGUUAUUAGGAUGUAUAUAUUCAUGUUUUUGUUUGUUAUUUGUUAUUAUGUGUAGAUCAAUUUCUAAAUCUUGUCCAUUCUGGGAACAAUCUAAAAGUUGCCUUGAAUAGCCGUCUGCUUGGUGAGAGAAGACGAC